AUGCCAGCAAACUCAAAUGCCUCCUCGACUGAGGCUCGGAAUGGGUCUGCUCAGAGUGCUCAUGAGCCCGACUUUGAAUCAAAUCUACCAUAUCCUGGUGCAUCCACUACCCAAGCUCGUUGCCCUGGUAGGACCCCGUACCCGGGUUCUGCCACCUUGAAUCAAAAUCCUGUCGACAGGACUCGCUUAGGGGCUCGCGGCUACCAGUAUAUGAAUGGGAAUCAUACAAAUGGAAUUCAACCCAAGGCAACGUCUCCAGAUGAGACUAACCAGGUGCCCGAACGUCACGCCGAAUCACAUGCCAUGAAUCAGAUACAUAAUAACUAUGCCCUGGACAUAACUUAUGGGCAUGAGCUGGUACCUGAAGACGGACAACUUGGGACUGGGACUGCUAAUCAUGGUAUUGAAAGCCGGCCUUACCAGCACGGGGGUGAUGCUACCAGCCAGGCUUCUGAACAAGGCUAUCACGUCCAACAUAAUGGCCAAAUGAUAAAUCAGGAAUACCCUCCAGCAACCAGAAGAUGGUCCGCUGAGUACUCACCCGAAGAGAGACUGCGCCUUGGACUCCCUCGAUGGGAGAGUGAGCAGCAUCGACUUGCCUAUGAGCGAGGCUCACAGUCAUGA